AUGGCUGGUAAGCAUUGCCAUUAUCUCGGCCGCUUUCGCUGCGCGCCUGGUCUGGCGAACCUUACUGACGCAAUUACAGAAGAACCGCCGCGACGUUCAGGUCGCGCCACCAAGGGCCAGUACUCCAAAGAUCGCGAUAUCCCCGAAGAGGUUCCUGCGAAGAAAAAGGGCAAAGGAAAGGGCUCCAAAGCCAAAGCGACAGAACACGAGGAGGAGAGUGAAGAGAUCAUCCGCUGUGUCUGCGGCACCUACGAAGAAGAAGAAGAUGUUCCUCGAGCGAUGAUCUGCUGCGAUACCUGCUCCGCAUGGCAACAUAAUGGUUGCAUGGGUCUUGCGGAAGACUAUGAACCUGCACAAUACUUUUGCGAACAAUGUCGCCCCGAGGACCACGAGGAAUUGGUUGCAGCCAUCGCGAGGGGAGAGAAACCGUGGGAAGAAGCAAUCAAGCAGCGAGACACAGGCAAAGGAAAGAAGAAAGGUGGUCGAAGAGGUCGGAAAUCGGCUCCUGGUCGGACAAGCGAGGCCGUGUCUCGCGCCUCUCAGGAUGUUGACGAAACCCCGGCGCCCACUCCUACGGCUGGACAGAAGCGCAAACUCGAAGAGUCGCCAGCGGUUCCGGAAGUGAAGAACAAGAAGGCACGAGGGACACCUGCUGCUGACACCAAUGGCACCAAACCAGUCAAGGCUGAGACCCCUUCCAGGCAGGUGUCCAGAUCAGAGCCUGUCUCGGCGGUUGCGGGGGACGUGAAGGAACUUACAAAUACUUCGAGGAAGCAAGCUGCGUCUACGUUGGUCAGACUCAUAGAACAGCAAAUCAAAGAAGCCGUAAAGCAUGGCGACUACAGUAUUCCUACCGGCACGUCUGCGACAGAAGUCGCCAACCAGGUUGGCCUCCGUACGGAACAUGCUCUGUAUCACGUCCAGGUCGGCGGAAGCGGUGACCCCAACGAAGCCUACAAGUCCCAACUGCGAGCGAUAAGCUUUAACGUGAAGAAGAACCGCACGUUAGGUGUACGGCUACUGAAUGGAGAUCUCCUUCCUCACACCCUUGCAUCGAUGGAUCCGAAGGAUAUGGCAAGUGAUGAGCAGAAGAAAAAAGAUGCCGCUGUCAUGAAAGAGCUGGAGAAACAACAUACCAUCGUGGAGGAGCAGGGCCCGAGAAUUCGGCGAACUCAUAAGGGUGAAGAGUACGUGGAUGAGUCAAGGCAGGUUGCAGCAGAGUCUGCAACUUCGAAUGCUCCUGUACGGAAACCCAGUGUCGCAGAACAAGAGGUUGAUGCAAAGAGCCCCAGUAUCAGAAGCCCUUCCGCCACCCCAGCCGCUCCCGGCAAAGGAGGCAAAGCGAGACCAUCUGUUGAUACCACCCGACGACAAUCGUCGGCCAACUUCGACAUUGACAAGGUCUGGUCGAAUGUCCAAGGUUCCCCUGACGGCGACAAUCAGCGAUUCGGUGAACUACCGCAAACGACGUCGCCAACCGUCGCUGUCCGAGAACCCAUCGCUCCAGGGACCAAGGCCGACGCAGAUAUCGACGAGCUACUGAAAGACGAGGAAGCCGAGUCACCGCCGUAUUCACCCAAGGAAUCUGCUGAGGCUGAUGGUGUUAUUUGGCGAGGCCUCGUAAACGGCGGAAACCUAGGCCGGUUCCAUGCUGUAGCGAGAUAUGCAGCUGGAGCCACCCCCGAUGCAGAUACGUUGCGCAUGACCUACGACCAGAUCAUCCCGGCUGAGAUCGACAUAGGAGGUCGGAUCCAGCCCGCUCGAGCGGACGAAUACCUUUGCGGCCUUGAGUACAGCAACACGUCCGACCUGGUCAUUGUGUGCAUGCCCGAACCCGCAAACUCGCAUGAUCAGGAGCAAUUUGACAAGUUUUUCCGGUAUUUCAAGAACAAGGACCGGUUUGGAGUAGGGAUCCAACACACAAAUCCGGCGAUCAAAGACAUCUACUUGAUCCCGCUGGACAAGGGCCAAGAAAUGCCUACUUUCGUCAAGAAACUCGAGACAGAUUUUCCGGAUCCUGCCCAGGAGAAAAUGCUUCUGGUCCCAAUUGUUAUCAAAAACAGUGAGCUGUCACAUAAUACGCCUGCGACGUUACUUGAUGGGACACCUGCUACGGCUGCCAGUCCAAUGGUCGGAGGAGGGCCCAUAGCGCAAACUCCUAUCACGCCUCACGAGGGCAGCUUCCCAUUCAAUCAAUCUCCGAUGCCGAGUCAGCAGGGAGCAAAUGGAACACCUCAAGUUCAACAUGGUCUGGGCGUGACAGCAGCAUUUCCCACGCCAACACCUGUCUCUUCACUCCCACAACCUCAUCAACAGCCUUCUCAACAACCACUGCAGCCGUCACCUCCACCCAACGCCGCCAUGGCCAACGCUCAGAGAGUUCUUGGUCCUCAAUUAGCCUCUUCCCCAUCGGUCGUGCAGUUAUGCGCCCAAGCACCCAAUGCCGGAGAAGCCGAGUUUGCUGUGAUCAAGAGGUGUCUCGAGCAAAAUCCCGAGGCACAGAGCAACUUGGGGGUCUUGACAGGGAUGUUGCAGCGAUAUAGCGAAGAGUCACGCGGAGGUGGCGCAGGGGACGGAGGUGGUACGGCUGGUGCAUAA